AUGAAUUUGGACGUCAAACAUAACGAAAAUAAUGAAAAGAGUACCUCAACAUCCAGGCAAGUUAUUGAUCGAGAACGCUGUACAUUAUCUCCAAUAUCCAUAAAGGAAAAGGAAAAUAUAGAUUUUUCGAACGGAAGCGAAGACUUUAGUUCUGAUGACAGUGUUAAGGAUCCGAGUUAUAAAGAUAUUAAUACUCCCAGUACGAAGUAUCGAAAAAAAUAUAAGAAUAUAUCCAAAAAUAUCGAAUCACAAGAAGUCCCGACAGACUUAUUGUAUGAACCGAAAUCGAAUGAACAAUAUCCGUCAAACAAUAAGAACAACUCCUUAGAUUUGAAUAAUGAUGCUUUUAAUAUAACACCAAAUGUCGUGAAUCAACCAACACCAGUGCAAGUAAUCCCUAACCCAGCAGAAUCUAGCAGUAAUUCAUCCAAUUCAAGCAGUUCAUCAAAUUCUAGCAGCACAUCAGAUUCAGACAGUUCAUCAGAAUCAGAAUUAACAUCCAAUGAAAAGAAUCCUUCACGUUUAAAUUCUUCUGGACCAGAUGCUUCAGGAUCUACAAACAAUUCUAGUAAUUUUUCGGCAGUAAUAGUUUCAGGACAUACAUUUUCUCCAAAUAUUAGUUCACCGCAUCUGGUAGACGAAAAUAAUGUCAUCUUAAAGAGAGGACGAAAAAGACAAGCUACACCCAGUAACUGGCUACGCAACAAAGCAAAGAUCCUGAGAAACUCUGAAAAUUCUUUUCAACACAUUUGCUCGUAA